AAAAUCAAGAAUUCCAGGGUUUAUAGCUCUUCACCACCUUAGCUUCUUCUCUCUUCUUUCUCCUUCUCCUCCUCCUCAUCCUUCUCACUCCUCCUCCUCAUCCUUCUCACCUUUCUCAAUCUAUACAUGCUUGUUAUUAUACUUGUUGUUGUUGUUGUUGUUUCAUGGCUAAUGGAAAUCUACAUCAUCACUUAUAAGCUUUUCAAUCCUAGCUCUUACACUACUCAACCAUGAUGAAUAGAAAAGCAUCAGUAAGCACUGCAGAUCUCAUAGAUGCAAAGCUUGAAGAACACCAAAUAUGUGGAUCCAUGCAGUGCCCUAGUUGUGGUCACAAACUAGAUCGAAAACCGAACUGGGUUGGUCUACCAGCAGGAGUUAAAUUUGAUCCAACAGAUCAAGAGUUGAUAGAACAUUUGGAAUCCAAAGUUUUAUCAGAAGACACUGCAACAAAGUCUCAUCCUUUGAUUGAUGAAUUCAUACCUACAAUUGAAGGAGAAGAUGGGAUUUGUUAUACCCACCCUGAGAAACUUCCUGGGGUUACAAGAGAUGGUCUUAGCAAACACUUCUUUCAUAGGCCAUCAAAAGCAUACACAACAGGAACAAGAAAAAGGAGGAAAAUUCAGAAUGAAUGUGAUCUUCAGAAGGGUGAAACAAGAUGGCAUAAAACUGGCAAAACAAGGCCAGUAAUGGUGAAUGGAAAACAGAAAGGCUGUAAAAAGAUUCUGGUUUUGUAUACAAACUUUGGGAAACAUAGAAAACCUGAGAAGACUAAUUGGGUGAUGCAUCAGUAUCAUUUAGGUGAACUUGAAGAGGAGAAGGAAGGAGAGCUUGUUGUUUCUAAGAUUUUUUAUCAAACUCAACCCAGGCAAUGUCAUUUGAAGACCGAUAAUUUAGUCUUCGAUGAGGUUGAAGAACAACAACGGAAGCAGCAUUUCAUGUUAGCCGACCGAGUAAUCCAAUCUCGACUGUCAUUCCUCCCAAUUCCCACUUCACAUCAGACAUCGAUUGUUCUCGACGAUCCUUUUAGAAUGUCAUUUCAGCAACAGCAACAUCAGAGAAUGAUAGAAAGGUCUGGUUCUGGUUUAGAGGAUGUGAUUAUGGGUUGCACUUCAACUGAAAAUAAAGGAGAAUCAUCAAUGCAACAAUCUCAGGAAACAGAAUGGUUAAAGUACUCAUCUUAUUGGUUACCUGACAAUCCUGAUCACCAUGGAUAGCAGUA